AAAACUUGUCCCGUGGCUGGUCCGACACACACGUAGAGACAAGAAACAAGUGGAAUAAAGUCCUAGGUUUCCGUCAAACAAAGCCCACUUUACAGCUCUCUCCGUUUCCCUUCAUCGCAAAAAAUGACUACUUCAAAGCGCCUUGCAGAGAGGAAAGUGGCAAAGUUUCAGAAGAACGUCACAAAGAGGGGAUCGGUUCCAGAAACGUCAACUAAGAAAGGAUAUGACUACCCAGUCGGUCCCAUCGUUCUUGGUUUCUUUGUCUUCGUUGUCAUUGGAUCAUCUCUCUUUCAGAUAAUUAGGACAGCUACAAGCGGUGGAAUGGCCUGAGAAACUGCAGAAGGUUUGUAUAACAUGGAACAUCUUGGGAUGAAUGUAGAAACUGCAGAAGGUUUGUAUAACAUGGACAUCUUGGGAUGAAUGUCUUGGAUGUACCAAGUAGAAUACUAUGCUACCAAAUGAAGUUAGAACAUCUUUACGUCCUUUUCUAGUAAUAAAUCAGUAGCAUGCUGUAGUUCAUUUAUAGUUUUCAUUCUGUUCUCUAAUAAUAAAUCAGUAGCAUUCUGCAA